AAAAAUUGGCCAAAUCCGCAAAACCGAAAAUCCCAACGCCCCCCUCGUGUAGUGCCUUAUCAACUCAGUGAGGUAUCAAGCCAACUGGGAGUUGGUUACGUUGUGAGCCCGUUGUAUACCCGUAGAUGGUGAAGAUACAAGUAAAUAUAUGAAAGAUCAUAUAUUUGAACCGCGGAGAAAGUAAAGAUAUAAUUUCACAGCUGCUUAAGUUGUGUAUCAUGUCUUCAUAUCUUUCUCCGCAGUUCAAAUAUAUGAUCUUUCAUAUAUUCACUUGUAUAUUCAGUUUGUGUUUCAUUCAUGGGGGCCAGUUAGCAUGAAAUUAUUUUAAAAAUGAAAUUAUAAACACAAGAGUUGCUAAUUAUUUUAAAUUCACCAUUUUCACGAAUAUUAGUUACAGAAAGUGUUGUCGACAAGUCAGACGUAGAGCCAUAUUAGCUUGGACGAAUACGAUAAACACGCAACUUUUAAAAAGAAUGAAUUAAUGCUUCAAACGGGAUAAUGUACAGGUCUUGGAUUCAAAUAAAAACAGCCACUUACAAAAUAAAUUAAAUUUAUUCGCUCGCGUGUGCCGACCAUGUGUAUUUUGUGACGUCACAAUUAUGUCUUGCAGUCAGCGAAUCCGAAAUUUGCAUUUCUAUUUGGAAGUCAUGGCGGACAAGUGCUGUCGGUGACUGCCGUCGUUUCGAUUCACAGGCAGAUAUGCGGACUUUUCGAGCCUAUAUAUAUCCAGAAAAUCUUUGUCGUAUAGCCUAAAGUAUUCAGCUUUCAAUAAGAACGAAUCAGUCCGGCAGAUGAAAAGGGGCAGGUGCCAGGUGCCAGUUGUGGUGAACGUGGCUGUGAUGUUCCAAGAUUCGCUCGGCUCUCAGGACAAUCACGGGAGAAUAAGUCCAUCAAAGUCCUCGAAUGUUUGCCAAUGAACUAGCUCAACAUUCAGUGCUCCACAGAACUUCUUGAUUCGCGGAUUUGCUUGAUGCGCUGCCGCAGAUUUUCUUCGUUCGCCAGUUGGAUUUAUUGUUUACAAUGACUGUAGUGGGCGAAGCGACUGUUGACGAGCCGUUCUUAAUUGAAUGCAAUGGUAUCGAAGAUAAGGGCAAAGAAACGUCGAAGAACAGUGACAAAGAAGGAUCCUGUUGUAGACAUCGUUUUAACCUGUGUCACAAGUGGUCCAUUCUGUGCAGUUGGUUCGUUCGUCUUCUUCAACACCUUGUCGGCCUUCUCGGCGAAUUCGUAGCCAAGCGUCCGUUAACAUCCAUCACAGCAUGUAUUGUGUUCGUUUCUUUGUGUGCUGUGGGAUUUACAUGGCUUAAGACAGAAAGUAGGGCUGUCAAACUGUUUAUUCCUCAGGACAGUAGAGCGAUCAAAGACUUAAAUACGGCUGAAAGGUUCUUUCGCCUCAAGGUCCGUGACGAGGGUAUCAUUGUGGUGUCUCGACCAGAGCAUCCCAAUGUUCUUGCUCCUGAAUGUCUGAAAGAGGCCCUAGAGGUGCACAAUCAGAUUAUAACGUUGAAGUUAUAUUCGGAGUAUUGUUUGACACUUUCAGGAGAGAAAGCUAAAUCUUUGGAUGACUGCGUGAUUGUUGCACCGUUUGAAAUUUUCCAGAACAUAAAUUUUAGCAGUAAAUCAUUGGAUGAGAUCCAAACAGAAGUCAAUAAAGCGUACAAUAACAAGAGUUUGGUAAUGCGAAAUGGCCAACUCUUCCGGUACAACUUUCGCCAGAUGUUCGGUCACGUGACAAGAAGUGAAACUGGUGGCUAUAUAACCGGCGCAAGCGCGUUGCAGCUCAUGUAUUUUAUCAGAGAUCCGGACGAGGAUGACGUCAGCGAGAAGGUCUUGGAAUGGGAGAAAAAAUUCCUGGACAAAGCGUCAACUCUGUCUACGAAGUGUUUUGAAGUGUUUCAUGAGGCGGAGAGAAGCACAGACGACGCUAUUGCUGAAAACGGCAGUGCAGAAUUGACUCUAGUGUCAGUAACAUUCGCCAUUAUGAUCUCAUUCGCCUGUUUGAUGCUCGGCAAGUUUUUUAAUCCACUGACCGGUCACUCGCUGCUCGCAAACUCGGGAGUGUUCGCAGUGGCUCUCGGAAUUUUGGCGGGAAUUGGUUUUUGCGCGUGGUGCCGCGUGACGUUUGUGAACAUGGUUGGUGUUGUGCCCUACCUGGUGUUAAGUAUAGGUAUCGACGAUAUGUUUAUUCUUGUAGACGAGCUGGAUCGACAACCACGUCAAUUUGGCGUGGUCAGGACGGUAAAGGAAGUGAUGUCGCGUACCGGAGCGACAAUUACUAUGACAACUAUGACUGACCUGGUUGCAUUCGCUGUCAGCACGUCAUCUGCUUUUCCCGCUAUCAGUUACUUCUGCACUUAUGCUGCUUUAGCCGUUUCUCUUUCUUAUGUGAUGAUGAUAACCUUCUUCGUGGCUGUAAUGACAUUUGACAUAAGGAGAAUAAAAGCCGGUCGAAGAGAUUGUCUACCAGUCUGCCUGGCACCACCACCUAAACAAGACGGGGUGCAUUGGGACGAGCCGCGCCCACAGACAUCAAACCGCAUCAUGAAACAUUGGGCAACAUUUCUCAUGUUUAGUCCAGUGAAACUCGUGGUGUUGCUUAUGUCUGUUGGAAUUCUUGGCUUGGGAAUCUACGGAACGACGAAGGUGACCGAAAGGUUUGACAGGAAGAUGCUGGCUAAAGACGACUCUUCGCUUAUGAAGUUUCUUACUGUUCAAGAGAAGUAUUACGAACAAGUCAUUCCCGUCAGUAUAAUGCUUAUUGGUGACGUCAAUUAUGAGGACAGCGUUGUUCAAGAACAGAUUAGACAGCUGUCAGUCAUUGUAGGAAAAAACAGUCACUACCAAGGGCAGACUUUGUCAUGGAUGGACGUUUUCGCGAAGUUUUCUGCCGCGCAGAGGGUGAACAUAACUGGACCCAAUUUUAUACCUGCGCUAAAGUCUUUCCUCGAAAUUCCAGAGUAUUCUUUCCUCAAGCAAAGCGUGAAACUUUCGUCCAAUGGCAGCCGCGUGGUAGCUUCUCGCAUCACGGCCUUUAUGAAGAACGUUUCAAGCUCGACGUUUCAGAAGGACGCCAUGUUGACAAUACGCGAAGAUCUCGCCAAAAAGUCUCCAUUGAGAGUGAUUCCGAUAAGCCGCAUGUUCAUCUUCUUUGAACAGUACGCCAUCAUUUCUAGGGAGACCACAAGGAACCUUAUCAUAGCGGCCCUUGCGGUACUCGUCGUGACGUCCCUGUUCCUGGUCGAUUGCUGGGUGACGCUCCUUGUGGUGGUGAAUUUUGUGGCCCUGGUGCUUGAAUUGUUUGGCUUAAUGUACUUUUGGAAUGUGUCGUUGAACGGUGUGUCGAUGAUCACGCUCGUUAUGGCUAUUGGCUUUGCCGUGGACUAUAGCGCGCAUAUUGCGCAUGCGUUCGUCAUGUCCGAGGAGGAAACUGCCAACAAGCGUGUUGUGGACGCUGUUAGUACGCUAGGCGCCAGCGUCUUUAUGGGAGGUUUCAGCACUUUCCUGGGGAUGCUUGUGCUAGUCUUCGCCACUUCGGAGAUCUACCGCAUUUUCUUUCGCAUGUUUAUGGGUAUCGUCUUGUUUGGACUUCUCCACGGACUCUGUAUCUUACCUGUCCAGCUCUCCUUGUUCUGGUGGCAACCAGUCGUUACUCAGAAAGACCUGGCGGAGCACUUAACAAAGGAAGUAGAAGCUGAGGAAUAGCAAAUAGGCUUCCUUUAUGCAAAUUUCCGUUAGAAUUUGGCGACAACGAGAUGCUCUAAAAGCUCUAUUAACUCCUCCACACCGUCAUCCCUGUCUCGUUGAAGCAUUCCUCUCUAUAAAGCUCCCUCGCCUGUUCUCCUAAACGUUAUUUAUCCUUUAAGAUAGCUAAUCUGUAUCUAAGUUUUCUUGCGAAACGACUUGCGCAAUAACUGAUAAGUUGUUUUCUUGUUUGUAUUGUUAACUAUUUCUUAUACGUUAGUAUGAUGUUGAGUGUUGAGAGCAAUAAUGUAUAAUUAUUGGAAAGCUUGUCUCUCUUGGGUGCUUGAGUUAUAUAAACUCACAGAGAAAAACACCAGAGAGAUGAUGAUAAACCAAAAAGGAACGAAGAUGGUUUUAAGAUUGAGGUAGAUUACAAGUGAUGAACUUGAAAAGUUCAACUCCAGCUUCCAUCGACGACGUGUUAUCAUCACACCAAUAAACGUGUUUGUAAAGAAUCAUUUUACACAAACCUUGACUGGGGUUAUUAAAGUAAAUAUGUGAACAAUUUUAAAAUUAUAACAGAGUUUUAAGGGGUGGACUAUUUCACUUUGAGGGGUGGGGCAAAGGGUGAUUUUGAUAAAAUAAGCAUGUUAACGGAGAAAAAUAUAUCAUGGAAACACGCGUCCCGAGAAAGAUAUUCUAAGUGCAUGGAAGGGUUGCCCCCACCUCAAAAGUCAAAUGGUCCACCCUAAGAAUGCAAAAUAUGCUUGGAAAAAAAGAGUUUUCGAAAUACUUUAAAGAUUUUGGGAGAGAAAAUUCUAGAUACACGAGUAUAUUAUUGUUUGGAGCAAGUAAGUUGCUUUAUUUAUAUCUCAUUGCACUGAGAMUGUAUUAAAAGAAUUGUUGGUGAA